UCCCGGAUGUAGCUUAAAUGGCUCAUCGAAGGAAGACGUUGUCUGAGCAGCUCAUAGCGUUAACUAAUCCCGAACCGAAAUCGUUUGACGAAGAUGGCGAUGGCUUGAAUGCAACCCUCGUGUGUAGAGAAGAUGUUGAGUAUGAAGGAAAACUGGACGAUCAGAAAGGAAAUGACGUCUUCUCUUCAGGACAGAUCGGCAGGAGAGCUGCGGCAUUUCAAGAGGAGGAAGAAGAUCGACGAUACGCCGGACGAGUGACAAGCAGGAGGAGAAUGAGAGAAAAAUGGCGGCUUGAUGAUGAUGAUGGUGAUGGAGUGGAGGAAGAUAUUGAAGCACGUGGUGACAAACUGUUGAGUGAAUUUACAGAGAGUGAUGUGAAUCAAUCAGGUGGACGUGACAGUGACGUGGAGAGUGAGGAUUCGGAGAUGUUCAGUGAGGAAGAUGAUGACGAUGGUGAUAAUGAUGGUGAUGAUGAUGACGAUGAUCAACGGAAAGAGAAGGGAGCUGAGAUGGUUGAUGAGACUGAAAAUGUUAGGCAUUUUUCUGAGCAGAAUUUAAAGGAGGAGGUUGAGAAGGGACAUGCUGUCAAGGCUCAACUCAAGUUAUGGGAUUGUUUUCUUGAGUCUCGCAUUAAGCUGCAGAAGCUGCUGGGUAUUUGUAAUCGUUUUCCUCAACAAGAUAUGUGGAGCGAGUUUCAAUCGAACGGUGGCCCAGAGUUGAUGAAACAGUUGCAAAGAAGUCAAGCAAAACUACGGAAGUUUCUAGACUCAUUACUCUCACUACAAAACACUCUUUUGGAGCAGAACAAAGACAUUACAGCAGCAAAUUCUAAAAAUUCUCAACAACGUCUAGGCGAUUCAGUAGAGUCAGAUGAAGAAAUUGCAAGCGACGUGGACGAAAGUCAUUCGGGUGUCGGAGAAGCCAACGGCGACGUGUCUGACAACGAGUCAAAUGCUACUGAUGAUGAGGUGGGAAAGGAUGAGAACAGAGAAAGCAGCAACUUUAUUAGCAAAACAUCGAACGAGCAAAACAGGAAACGACAUCGAUCAUGGAGUCUUCCACGUGGAGUGUCAUAUGACCAGCAUGUAGCUAAACUACAGAAGUCAUUUGAUGAGUACCGAGACUCUGUGAUAACGAAAUGGGAUGAGAAGCUACGAGUGGCAACAGGAAAAUUCAGCAGCAAGUCGUUCUUAUCAAGAAAUCAGAGCAUGAUGAGUCGCAUUAAGCAGAUUCUAAAUGAUCGUGAGCGCCUUAUAAGACGCACACAACUUAAGAGGUCAACCUACUGUGUUAUGGGGAGAGACGAGGAUCAAGAGGUUAUUGGUGAGGAUAGAGAUGCUCACCUUCGGGAUUAUGACCCUGAAAUCUUUGACGAUGACGAUUUCUAUCAUCAGCUACUAAAGGAGCUCAUAGAACGACAUGCUACUAGUGCUAGUGAUCCCUUCGCUAUAGACCGGCAAUGGCUAGAAGUCCAGCGAAUGAGAUCGAAAGCACAUAGAAAAGUUGAUACAAAAGCAAGCAAAGGACGGAGAAUUCGUUUCGAUGUCCACCCGAAGUUACAGAGCUUCAUGGCCCCAAUUGAAACAGGCUCAAUGCCUGAUUCAUCAAGAAAUGAUCUCUUCAGUUCUUUAUUUGGAAGACAGCCAGUGCAGGCGUCAUCCAAGAAAAUCACUUGACAAAGUAUGUCAAACAGUGUGCUGUCAUACAGCGAUAUUUACAGAAUCCACAGAUGCUGUGAUUUAGAGUAAAACAGAUUGUAGCAGUAAAAUCAAGAAUUAUUGUUAGAUAUGAAUGGAAAGUCUU